AUGGUGUCCCUCGCACUUACAUCUUCGUGCAACUUAGGGUUUCGCUCUAUUCCACUAUGCAGAUCUCGCUCUGCAAAGUCUCCACCUUUAAAUCUCAAAUCCCAGUUUCACUCUCAUCAAAAUCGAAUCUCCUCAUGUCCGAAUCCGUUAAGUAAGCAAUUAUUAGGAGCUUUGCCUUCGAACAUCUUUCUGAAACUUCAGAAUUGUUCUCUGUCGCUCUCGAAUCGGAAAUUCACUGUUCGAGCUUCAGCUGCUUCUGCUGCUCCAGUAGCACCUGCUUCUGAGCCAUGGCAUGGAGCAGCAUUGAAGCCAUUAAUGGCUUCGAUUGCAACAGGAAUCAUUCACUGGUUUGUCCCGGUACCGAACGGUGUGGCGAAGAACGCUUGUCAAUUGCUUGCUAUCUUCCUUGCCACUAUAGUCGGGAUCAUCACGCAACCUCUGCCUCUCGGGGCUGUUGCUUUGAUGGGAUUGGGAGCCUCCGUGCUCACAAAAACCCUAACUUUCGCCGCUGCAUUCUCCGCCUUUGGCGAUCCUAUCCCAUGGCUUAUUGCUCUCGCUUUCUUCUUCGCUCGGGGGUUUUAUAAAGACUGGACUUGUAAUGCCGGCGAUGGGACUGAAAACCGAUUGGGAGCUUGGUUGAUGCUCACUUGCUUUCAGACUUCCGUAGUCUCAUCUUCAAUGUUCCUGACCGCUAUGGCAGCAAAUCCAUUGAGUGCAAAUCUCACCUAUAAUACGAUAAAGCAGAGCAUUGGGUGGACUGAUUUGGCCAAGGCUGCAAUUGUUCCUGGUUUGAUUUCGUUGCUUGUUGUCCCAAACUGA